GUGUGGACGCCCCUGGCUCCUCCCACAUGUCAAGUCACAGCAGGGAGCUGCGGAUCCUGAGCGUUUACGGACAAGGGGAGGGCCCACUGGCGGUGGAUGGUUGGUGGAAGGUUUCUCCCAACAAUGCCAAUAUGAUCGUACACAUGAGGACCCGACCAGACGAGAAGCCGUACGGGUGUGACCAAUGCACGAAGAGCUUCAGUCAGAAAGGCAACCUGAAAAUCCACAUGAGUACGCACUCCGGGGAGAAGCCCUACAGCUGUGACCAAUGCGCAAAGCACUACAGUCAUAGCUACACCCUCAAGAUGCACAUGAGGACCCACACCAGCGAGAAACCCCACAGGUGUGACCAAUGCAGGAAGCGCUUCAGUCUAAGUGAACACCUGAAGGGCCACAUGAAGACUCACACCGGGGAGAAACCCUACAGCUGUGACCAUUGCAAAAAGCGCUUCGCUCGGCAUGGCGACCUGAACGUCCACAUGAGGACUCACUCCGGCGAGAAGCCCUACAAGUGUGACCAAUGCACGAAGCGCUUCAGUCGGACAAGCAGCCUGAAGACCCACAUGAGGACUCACUCCGGCGAGAAGCCCUACAGGUGUGACCAAUGCCCGAAGCGCUUCAGUCAAACAAGCCACCUGAAGCGCCACAUGAUGACUCACUCCGGCGAGAUGCCCUACAAGUGUGACCAAUGCAUGAAGCGCUUCAGUCGGACAAGCAGCCUGAAGACCCACAUGAGGACUCACUCCGGCGAGAAGCCCUACAGGUGUGACCAAUGCCCGAAGUGCUUCAGUCUGAAAGACCACCUGAAGACCCACAUGAGAACUCACUCCGGCGAGAAGCCCUACAAGUGUGACCAAUGCACGAAGCGCUUCAGUCAUGGCUGCAACCUGAAGAACCACCUGAGGACUCACUCUGGCGAGAUGCCCUACAAGUGUGACCAAUGCACGAAGGGCUUCAGUCGGACGAGCAACCUGAAGAACCACAUGAGGACUCACUCCGGCGAGAAGCCCUACAGGUGUGACCAAUGCACGAAGUGCUUCAGUGUGAAAGGCAGCCUGAAGAUCCACCUGAGGACUCACUCUGGGGAGAAGCCCUACAAGUGUGACCAAUGCACGAUGCGCUUCAAUGUGAAAGGCAACCUGAAGAUACACAUGAGAACUCACACCGGCGAGAAGCCCUACAGGGGUGACCAAUGCACGAAGGGCUUCAUUGUGAAAGGCACCCUGAACAACAUGAGGACUCACUCCGGGGAGAAGCCCUACAAGUGUGACCAAUGCACGAAGUGCUUCAGUCAUGGUCACGGCCUGAAAUACCACAUAAUGACUCACUCCGGCGAGAAUGCCUACAGGUGCGACCAAUGCAUGAAGUGCUUCAGUCAGAAAGGCCAUCUGAAGAUCCACAUGAGGACUCACUCUGGGGAGAAGCCCUGCGUGUGUCUGCAGUACAACGCCAGCUACAGCGACCCAAGCGAUUUGCGAGUGCACAUGCUCAAGCACAGUUUGGCACGGGGUAACGGGACGCUUUGAUUGAGACCUCUGUUUGGUAUUGGUUGAAAUUACUGCUUUUAGUUUUUAUUGUCAUCACGAUUAAACGCUUUCAACUUUU